AUGGUAAUGAUGCGCUACGUGCUGUGUAUCCUCGCUCUCCUGCUCUCAUGUGCGUGUGUGCACGUCCUCGCUGAAGAAGUGCCUGCCGCCGAUCUUUCCGACCAAGUCCCUGAUACGGAGAGUGAGACAAAGAUUCUUCUUCAAGGUACUACUCGUGCCAAUUGCACUCCUGGUCAAACUACUAGUGGUGAAUGUAAUUCUCCUGUUGUGAACUCUGAACAUGGUGAGGCUUUGGAGUGCUCUGAUGCUGGCGAUGAAGUUGAUUCUAACUGCCGUCGUGGUGGUGGUGCUAUCGCUGCUGUUCCCCGUCCUGAUGCCGUCCAGGAGCAUCAUGGGGAGACAGAACAAACGUUGGAGGAAGCUGUGAAAGAAGGAGAAUGUGCUAAACAAAAGAAGGAAGACUGCAAACCAGAAGCCGAGAAGGUGUCAACUCCCGUAGAGCAAAAGCGAAAAGAAGAAGAGCUUAAUAACAAAACACAAACAAACAACAACCAAGCGGGAACUUCUUCUGGUGUUCCCACGACUGUACAGAGCGCACAACAACCUGGAAAAAGUCAGAGAAGCGGACAAGAACAAACUGUGAGUAAACCAGAAAGAGAUACACCUGGUACAACACAAGUCUCCAGUAGCACGGUUCAGGAAACAGCAGCUGAAGGUGAUGCACCACAACCUUCUUCUUCUUCUUCUCCCAGCGGUUCAACCUCAGCAAGUGACGGAGCUGGGGAUGCUGCAAGACCUGAGAACGGCACUUCACCUGAAGGGAGUGAGUCAACAAGGAACCACAAUGAAGAAGUUAUUACAGGAAAUACAGAUACCACCACCACUACAACAACAACAACAACAACAACAACAACACUUCCACCUGAACUCACAAACAACAAGAAGGGUGAUGCAGACAGCAGCAGUAUGAGUUCUGUGUGGGUGCGUGUACCACUACUGAUUGUGGUUACACUGGCCUGUAUUCUUGUGUGCUGA